AUGGAGAAAGCAAGCCGCCAGCCUGACGCUGCUUCUGCCAAAGGUUCCCUUGACACGAUUGAAGUUGACGAGCGCCCUGGCAAAAGCGAUUCCUAUGGCGAACCAGAUGCCAAUGCGGUUUCCGUUGAAGCCGCUAUUGAAGAAUACAAUGAAGUGAAACGUGAGCUAUCAAGGAUCAGCCGCACAACCACCAACAAUGAUGCCAAGCUUGAAGAAGGCAAUGCGGAAGAAUUCAACCUUGAUGACUUUUUGCAUGGCAUGUCGAAUCAAGCUGCACAAGCCGGUACCAAAUCAAAGCAGUUGGGCCUGAUUUGGAGAAACUUGGUAGUUGAGGGUCUUGGUGCAGAUGCACACAUCAUUCCCACCAAUUUUAGCCGUGUGAGAUCGUUGAUCCAGCCAUGGAAGCUAUUUGGUAUUGGUAAUAGUGCCAGCAAGAAAUCAAUCCUCCGGGGCUUGAAUGGAUUUUGCAAACCUGGCGAGAUGUUACUUGUGCUAGGUCGACCAGGCGCAGGCUGUACAACGCUCUUGAAGGUCCUUGCUCUUGAACGUGGAUCCUAUACGCGUAUCGAUGGUGAUGUUAGCUAUGGUGGUCUUGAUGCUGAUACAUUUGCCAAGCGCUAUCGUGGUCAAGUUGUCUAUAAUGAGGAGGAAGAUCAGCAUUACCCUACUCUUACGCUUAAGGAGACGUUGCAGUUUGCCCUCCGCACGAAGACACCUGGCAAUCGUUUACCCAACGAGACCAAAGCCGACUUUGUCGACAAGAUCUUGUAUCUCCUUGGCAACAUGCUUGGUCUUACAAAGCAAAUGGAUACUUUGGUUGGCAGUGCUUUCAUCCGUGGUCUCUCUGGUGGCGAACGCAAAAGAUUAUCGAUUGCAGAAGUUAUGGUUACAAGCUCUUGUGUGAAUUGCUGGGAUUGCUCAACACGUGGUCUUGACGCUGCUUCAGCACUCGAUUAUGUUCGUUCGUUGCGUAUCAUGACCAAUGUAUUCAACAAGACCACCAUUGCUACCUUGUAUCAAGCAUCCAACAGCAUCUUCUCAUUGUUUGACAAGGUCCUUUUACUCGACGAAGGCUACUGCAUCUAUUUUGGUCCAGUAGGCAAAGCUCGUGAUUACUUUGAAGAUCUUGGCUUUUAUUGUCCACCACGCAAAUCGACACCUGAUUUCUUGACUGGUAUCUGUAAUCCAUUGGAGCGUCAAGUUUUGCCUGGUUAUGAGGAUUCGGUGCCAAAGUUUGCCUCUCAAUUCCAAGAACGUUACUAUGCAUCUGAUGUAUACAAAUCCAUGAUGGCCGAAUUGGAUGCCUUUGAGCAACACAUCCAAGAAGAGAAACCAUCCAAGCUCUUUGAAGAAGCGGUCCAUGAAGAACAUCAAAAGCGUGCAUCCAAAAAGGAUCCUUAUACAGCAUCGUUCUAUCAGCAAGUUUUAGCACUUACCAUUCGCCAAUAUCAAAUGAUGAUCAAGGAUAAGCAAUCCUUGAUAUCAAGCUUUUGCACUGUUCUCAUCCAGGGCUUGGUUACUGCUUCAUGCUUUUUCAACAUCCCUUUGACGGGUUCAGGUGCAUUCUCAAGAGCUGGUUGUCUUAUGUUUGCCAUGGUCUUUGUUGUGCUCGUAUCACAAUCUUCGCUCGUGGCGUAUUUAACAGGUCGUCCUGUAUUGGAGAAGCAUAAGCACUUUGCCAUGUAUCGGCCAUCCGCCUUUUACAUCUCUCAAGUCAUCAUUGAUAUCCCAUUCGCUGUUACUCAAGUCCUUUUGUUCGAGGUGUGCUCGUAUUUCAUGAUGGGUCUCAACUUGGAUGCUGGUCGCUUCUUCACCUACUUCUUGAUUCUCUUUUGCAUGAUGAUGACCAUGAAUGGCUUUUUCAGAUUUUGUGGCAUUGUCUCUUCGAGUUUCUUUGUGGCCUCUCAGUUGACAAGUCUUUUGCUCAUUUUGAUUUUCAUCUACACCGGAUAUUUCAUCCCAUAUGAUUCAAUGCAUCCAUGGUUCUUUUGGAUUUAUUGGAUCAACCCACUUGCUUAUGGCUAUAAGGCUUUGUUGAUUAACGAGAUGAAAGACCAAGUUUACUCAUGCGAAGGACCUGGUAAUGCUGUUCCAUAUGGUCCUGGUUACGAUGAUUGGAAUCACAAAGUGUGUGUUAUGAAAGGUGGCACCCCAGGCCAAGAUCAUGUGCUAGGAGACGACUACUUGCGAAAUGCGCUCAGCUUUGAACCUAAUCUUUUGUGGCCAGAUUUUUUGGUUCUUUUGGGAUUCGGGUUGUUGUUCAUUGUCGUCAACUCUCUAUGCAUGGAAUACUUCAAUACCAGCAAAGGUGGUGCAGUGACCAAGUUAUACCUCCCUGGCAAGGCGCCAAAGCCCCGUACAGCUGAGGAAGAAGAUGAGCGUCGUCGUCGUCAACAAGAUAUGACUUCCACCAUGGGCAAGGUGUCCACGGGUACAACAUUCUCGUGGCAACAUGUGAAUUAUAGUGUGCCUUUCAAGGGUGGUCCACUUCACUUGCUCAACGACAUUUCUGGUAUUGUCAAGCCUGGCCACUUGACUGCUUUGAUGGGAUCUUCUGGUGCUGGCAAGACCACAUUGCUUGAUGUAUUGGCUCGUCGUAAGACCAUUGGCCAUGUUGAUGGAAGAAUGUAUCUCAAUGGUGAAGCCCUUUUGAGUGACUUUGAUCGUAUCACCGGCUAUUGCGAGCAAAUGGAUAUCCAUCAGCCUGCUGUUACUGUGCGUGAAGCAUUACGAUUCUCAGCUUAUUUGCGUCAAGAUGCCGAUAUUCCACAGCAAGAGAAGGAUGAUUAUGUCGAGCAAAUCAUUCAGCUAUUGGAGAUGGAUGAUAUUGCUGAUGCACAAAUUGGUGAACUUGACCAUGGAAGUGGUAUCUCAGUUGAAGAACGCAAACGGCUCACAAUUGCCAUGGAACUCGUUGCCAAACCACAAUUGAUCUUUUUGGAUGAACCCACUUCUGGAUUGGAUGCUCAAAGCUCAUACAACAUUGUUCGAUUCAUUCGCAAAUUGGCGGAUGCUGGAUGGCCUGUUUUAUGCACGAUCCAUCAACCCUCUUCCAUUCUGUUCGAAUACUUUGAUCAUCUUUUAUUGCUCGUUCGUGGAGGCAAGACUGCAUACUAUGGAGAGAUUGGUCCCGAUGCUCGUACCAUGAUCAACUACUUUGAAUCCAACGGUGGUCCCAAAUGUGCACCUGAAGCCAAUCCCGCCGAGUACAUUCUUGAAGUGGUUGGUGCCGGUACUGCAGGCAAAGCGAAACGCGACUGGGCCGAGGUGUGGGCUAAUUCCAAGGAAGCAAAGGCAUUGGAGGAUGAGCUUGAACAGAUCCACACGACUGCCGAUCAGCAUCCCAAUCGCAAGGCGCUUACCUAUGCAACUUCGUUCUGGUAUCAAUUCUACAUGGUCAACAAGCGCAUGGCUCUUGUCUAUUGGCGAUCACCUGAUUACAACAUUGGUCGUUUUAUGACUAUCAUGUUCAUCUCGUUGCUCAAUGGCUUCACCUUUUGGAAAAUGACGUAUUCCUCUAUCGACAUGCAAAAUCGUCUCUUUGUCUUGUUCAACAGCUUCAUUAUGGCCAACAUGCUGAUCAUUCUCGCCCAACCCAAGUUUAUGGUCGAGCGUCUUUACUUUCGCCGUGAAUAUGCAUCUCGCUUUUAUGGAUGGAUGCCUUUUGCAUUUGCCGCCAUCUUGGUCGAAGUCCCAUACAUCUUUGUAUUUUCCGCCUUCUUCAUGUGCGGCAUGUAUUGGACAGCAGGUUUGGUCAACACGUCCGAGGCAGUUGGCUAUUUCUACCUUAUGCUUGUGCUGUUUGUCUUUUGGGCUAUUACCUUGGGCUUCCUUAUCGCUUCCAUCGCCGAGAAUCCUACCUUGGCCGCUAUUAUCAACCCUAUGUGCAUUUGUAUCCUCAUCUUGUUUGCGGGCUUGAUGCAAACGGUAUAUGCAAUGCCACGCUUUUGGAGUGCAUGGAUGUAUUGGCUGAAUCCAUUCCAUUAUUUCAUUGAAGGCUUAUCCGUGAACGAAUUGGAAAAUCUUCCUGUGGAAUGCACUGAAAAGGAUUUUGUCCAGUUUACUCCUCCACCAGGUCAAACAUGCGGCGAAUACUUGGCCAACUUUUUCAACAAUGGGGCUCUUGGCUAUGUUGCCAACGACAAUGCCACCGACACCAUGUGCCAAUAUUGUCCCUUCAGCUCUGGCAAGGAGUAUUACAGUACUUCAUUUGGAUGGGAUGCUGCCAACAAGUGGCGUGAUCUAGGUAUCGUCGCUGCCUUCUUUGGCUUCAACGUGAUUGUAUUUCUGGGGCUUUGUUACUGGAAACGCAAAGCUAGACGUUGA